AUGCCUUCCCCAAAGAUGGAAAGGGAUGUGCUUCAUUUCCUGGGAAAGUUGAACUACAUUUUAAGAUUCAUCUCUAAUCGCAUUGCCAAAGCUGAACCCAUUUUCAAGUUACUUAGAAGAAUAAUACCGCCAACUGGAAUCAAGCUUGUCAAGAAGCUUUUGAAAGAAUUAAGUAUGGGUGAUGAUGCUGAGGGUCCAAAUGAUGUAUGGGAAAUGUAUUUUGAUGAAGCUGUCAAUUUAGCCGGUAAUGGGAUCAGAGCAGUGCUUGUUGCCCCAGAUGAGAAACAUUUCCCAAUAACUAUUAAGUUGAGGUUCGGCUGCACAAACAAUGUAGCAGAGUAUGAAGCCUGUGUGAGUGGCUUACAGGCGGCCAUUGAAAUGAAGAUAAAGAAAUUAGAGGUGUAUGAGGAUUCAACUCUGAUCAUUUACCAAGUCAAAGGGGAAUGGCAAACUAAAGACCCAAAACUGGUCCCGUAUCAAAAAUAUCUCCUUGAACUAAUCAAGGAAUUUGAAAAGAUUUCUUUCACUCACCUGAGCGGGGAUGAGAACCAAUUUGUUGAUGCCUUAGCUACACUAGUUGCGAUGACUCAGAUGGAGGAAGGGAAACUCUACAAUCUCAUUUCACCAUGGCCUUUUGCAAUGUGGGGUAUCGAUGUGAUCGAUCUGAUUAAUCCAAAAGCAUCCAAUGGGCACAGAUUCAUUUUAGUGGCCAUCAACUACUUUACUAAAUGGGUUGAAGCUACUUCAUGUGCUCACAUCACUCAAAACACCUUUAUGAAAUUCCUCAACAAUAAUGUUAUUUGCCGAUAUGGUCUUCCUGGAGAGAUUGUCACUGAUAAUGCCAAGAAUCUAAAUGGUCUGAAGAUUCAAAAGUUGUGUGAUCAGUACAAGAUACGACAUCUCAAUUCAUCGCCAUAUCGACCCCAGAUGAAUGGAGCUGUCGAAUUAAUGCUCUACGUUGGAUAG